AAUGGGUGGACCUAUGAUGUGCCCACCAGGUAUGAAUAACAUGCAUCCAAUGAAUAACAUGAAUCAGAUGAAUGGAAUGAACAUGCAACGUCCUCAAAUGGCAACACCUAACAGGCCCCUUUUCCCAUCAGCUGCACAGGUGAGUAACAUUAAAUUAUUUUACUUAACUCCCAGCCCAGUGACACAAUAGUUUUAAAAAAAAAUGGGGAAGUGAAUGGGGGUGGGGGGGGGGGUAGUUCACUUAAAAGAAAACGUUUUUUAAAAAUAUAUAUAUUUUUUUAAAUAAAAAAAAGAAUUAAAGAUCUGAUGUUAAAUUUAAAGUGAUAUGAUCAUUUUCUGUCCUUACAAAAUACACCCCAAAAAAUUGUUUUGGGUUAGGCCUUUCAAUACCAUUUGGAGAAAAGUUCAUUGGGCUAAUGGACCCACUGCUGGGAAAAUUAAGGAUUUAACUUUAAAACUGUUUAUUUUCAAUUUGUUGAUAAUGAGUGGCAUCCUUUUUACACUUUUUCAAAGCCAUACACAUAUGCCAAGUAUGAACAAAAUGUCACCACCAUCUUAUCACCUCAGUAAUAUUUGAAUGGUCGAGUGUUUGAUUCAUUAAAAUUUUAUUAUGAAAUUUAACAUAGAGGGGUAUUUCAAAAUUCAGUUUUGAUCAUAGUUUAUUAACUCAAAUAGUUCAUUAACUCAUAGAGUGAGAAAAGUCAGUAGUAUACAAAACUGGAUUAGCUAUUUAUUUCUCAACCCUUAAUUUGCAUAAUAAAGCAAAUGACCUAAGUAAAAUAUUAAGUCUCCCAUUAGUAUUUGGGUUGCACUGGAAAAUGGCAGAUAGUUGUCAAUUAAAGUUUAUAAUUAAUUUUGCUUUAAUCAGAAUUAUAUAUUAUAGCUGCUUAGUUAUGGCUAGUACGGGUAAACCAUUAGGCUUAUAUUAGAGACUUUUGAAGAUCAGAAUCAAGUGCUCCUCUUAUUUCUUAAAUAUUAAAACUUGUAAAUAGACUGACAUAUACCUACUCAUUGCCACCAUUAAAAGCCAAGCCUAUCUAGAAAAGUUAUGUUGAAUUUGAAUCAACCAGUGACAUGGCUAGAAAAAUGCCACUGAGUAGCAUAUUACCUCAUCAGAUGCUGAUGCAAUAGUUGACAUGAGAAACUGCUCUAGUGAAAAAGGCUGUUGUAUACGUGUUUAUUAAUAGACAUUAUAGUUUUCAUAAUGAUUUCAGGGUUAAAGAGAAUUGAAAAAAAUGCAUCAUUAGUACAAGAAAUGUAGAUAUGUACAUUUUGUUUUCCGAAAAAGGCACGCCUUAUCUGUAAUAGUAAUUUCAUUAGCCAAUGAGUUUUUUUUUUUAAAGGCUCAUACUCACAUUUACACACACACACUAAAUUAAAUAUCAUUUGAACUCUAAAAUGAAUGUUAAUUUGCCCUUUUUUUUCUUUUUCUUUUUUCUUCAGUCCAAUGUUUCAGCCACAUCUUCUGGAGGCACUGGUCGGCCAACAUUCCCUGCGGCAGCCUCAGUUGUUUCAAAUAGUUCUGCAACAAUCACAGGUGCACCAACCAUUAAAAAACCAGAAUCAACAUCAGGUUUGACUUCUAAGUUAGUGCAUCCUGAUGAGGAUAUUUCUUUGGUAAGUUAUUCUAUGACAUCUUUACAGUUUCAUCCUGUGGGUUACUUAAAAGGUUAGUGAGUUUUACAUUGGUUUACUAACCUGUACUGGUUCCAGGUGUGUUUUGAACCUUCCGAGACCACACACAAUUUUGAAAAAGAUUUUUUAUGAAUUUAUAAAGUUAAUGUUAAGCAAAUAAAUUGAAAAUCCUUUUCCUCAAAUUGAAAAUAUUAUGUUAAUUUUUAAUAAAAAGACAUGUACCUUAUUCCAAUAAAGUUAAUUAAAUGUGUGUAGUUUGACAUUAUGUAGAACUUAAAUUUUAUUUGUAAAAGUCCAUUUAUUUUUGUAACAGUAAAUUUUUAACAUUUUAUUAACAAGUCUUAAAACUCAUUUCAAUAAAAAUGUUUUCUACUUUUAAAAUUAUUUAUUACAGGAGGAGCUUCGUGCAAACAUGCCAAAAUAUCAGAAAUCAACAUUGAUGCAUGAACAAAGUAUAGUGAGCAGUAUGGUCAACUCCCCCAUGUCUCAGACUGGCCCUAUGCAGUCAGGUGGCCCAAUGAACAUGGGUGGCAUGAACAUGGGAAUGAAUAUGGGUAUGGGCAUGGGAGGGCCCAAUAUGAUGCCAGGUAAGUGUAUAGUCCAAACAUCAUAUAAAUUGAGCUUAAAACUGUAAGUACUUGAAAUACUAUCAAUGUAUGUAACUUGUAAAUUGAAGAUUUGAGAAAACAAAAUGAAAUUUAAGAUUUAUUUUGUUUACAGGCCUUAACCAAUUAAGUUUCAUGGGGAGCUUGAUAAAAGUUGUCAUUGGCCAGGCUGUUUUUGCUCUCUUAAGUUUAUUACUAGUCAAGCAAUUUAAUAUAAAAGGGCUAUUUUAAUCAAUUUAAAAACUUGAACAUUUUAUUAAUAGUUUGAAAAGAAACAUCCUAAAAGUUAACACUUGGGUAUUGAAUCUUGAACUUUACACAUAAAUUUGGUUUACCUUGAUGUUUAUGUUCUAAUUUAGUAUGGGGACACUAGACAAAAACAGUUUUCAUGUUUAACACUUUAUACACACAUAGCGCAUGAGUUCAGUGACACAGGAGUUUAUAUGAAGUUAAACUCAAUAACUUUGUUAAGACUAGCAAUACUUAUUUCUCUUUGUUAAUUUAACUCUUUCGCUGCGGAAUUUUUAAAUAGAAAAAAUGUACUUUUUUUUUCAAAGAGCGAAAAAGAGUGAGAGGUAUUUAAAAAAUUAUUCUUUGGUUUAUAAGACUAAACUUGGUAUCAAAUGAAAGGUAAUUGAAAGGACUAUAUGUUUGUAAACUUAUUUCUUCAGUUAAAUAAUAUAAGUUAAGGAAAAGAACCAUAAAAUGUGACAAAAUUUUAUGCUAAACCAUUUUUUUCCCCCGCACCCUAUGAUGUACGCAUACCUCAUCUUCACUUCUAUAACUCAAAUCCUCUAAAACUACUACUAUUGGCAUCAUGCGAUGGUUCUAAAUAUAAAUCAUCUUCACUAUCAAAAGAAAUAGUAUAAAACAAUUCCAAAGCUUUUUGAGCUGUUAAUCGUCUAUGAGAGUAACUCACCUACUAGGGCCUAUAGUAGCCGUAGCAACAGAAGAAAAAAAAAGCGAAGAAAAUCAUUAAAAUUAUGCUUCAAAUGGCAACAAAUAAACCCUGGUUUCUCUUAUAAACAAUGAAGUACCACUCCUCUAUGAACAAGUCUUUAAAAAAAGUUGAACUGAGAAAUAGCAAAGAAACAAACAUGAUAUUGAAACAACGCACAUCGCGUUGGUCCAUGCUUUUGAGAACGGCAGAUGAACGCAGUGUGAGUUGUUCCGCAUCGAAAGAGUUAAAUACAAGAAUCUGUAUUACUUCAGCUAGUUUUAUUAACAAUUGAAAUAUCUGUGUUUUCAUGUAAAUGGAUAUGAAAUUUAUUAUCCAAGUCAAUUUUUGAAGAAAAAAAUUACUAUUGGUUGGUGUUUAAAAAAAAAAAAAAAGUCAAAAUUAGACAAAAAACGAAUUUAAGACAAGAUGUUUUCAUUUGAAGUUGUUGAUUAUCCAUUUUCGGAAGGAAUUCAACAUGUUAAAAUGCAUGUGCCUCAAAAGCGAGAGUUUUCAUGAGUUUUUCUUGUUUCUGAGUUAUAUAUAUACGUCGAUAGUUGUGGUGUGGAUAUAAAGGUUCAAAUCAGUUGACACCCUUCGGCCUUGUGUGAAUAUAAAGUGUUAAAUUGUAAGGUAUUUUCAAGCUACCGUCUAAUUUGGUUGUAAUAAAAUAGAAUGCAGAUUUUUGUAAUCGGAAUUAAAAUAUAUUUCUUUCCUUUUAUUUGAUAAAUUCAGCUGGUAAGAGGUGUCUUCAAAUUGUGAUGUUUGAUUGCCACAGCUCUUUAAGUAUAUUAAAGAUGAGCUCAAUGUCCUUGUUAUAAUUUUUAACACCUUUUAAUAGUUCAUAAGCUUAAAUUUUGUUGAUAGCAAUGGUAAAUUUUAAAAAAUGUGCCAAUUACUGGUCCCUUACAGUUUCAUUUAGAAUGUCAUUAUUUUUAAUGUUAUGUACCGGUACGGAUGAUUAUCUGACAUAGUCCUGGGUCCAGUAUCUUGACAAGCAAUUGUAGUUGCAUUUACAGAUAUUCUGUAAACAUUUUUUAAUGAAUUUUUAAAUACUUUUAACAGGUAUGAUGGGAGGACCAAGACCAAAUAUGAUGCAAGGAGGGCCUAUGAUGGGCAAUAUGAUGCGAGGUCCUUCAAAUAUGAAUAUGGGGGGGAUGGGUAUGGGGGGUCCUCGUGGGCCUAUGGGGGGUAAUAUGAAUAUGAUGGGAAUGCGACCAAAUAUGGGAGGUGGGUAUGGGGGGCCAGGAAAUAACAUGCCUCCAAGUCGACAAUUUAAUUAAGUUGCAAUGAACUUGUGACAGGUAAAUAUAAAGCUCUAAAUAAAGUGUUGCAGGCAAUUAUAAGGUAUUAGCUUAGUGCUUUUUGGCUCAAACCAUCAUACAUAUAUAAGCUAAAUGUGUUUAAUGCAAGGUAAAUGUUUUUUUAUUAUAAUGUUUUAACUGAUGGUGGCAGCUUCUGACUUCAGAGAAAGUAUGUAUGACAUGAUCAAAUGAGUUUUGAAAGCAUUUUGAAGUUUUUAACUGCACAUACUUAAAUGAAAUGGCUGUUUACAAGUUUUAAACAAAUUUAUUUAGUGAGGAUCCUCUUGUAAAAAAAAAAUCCUUUGAAGAAUUUCACUGUCUUUUCCAAGUAAGUGAAAAUAUGUUUAAUUUUCUUAGCAUGUCAUAUGCUGCUUAUAAAAGCUUUGUUUUUUGGUUGGAUUUUGUAUGUUGAUUUGUUUAUACUAAUUUCUCAUCUCUUAAUCCAUACGUUUUUUUACUCUUGACUCACAAGCCUGACCAUUUCAAAUUAUCUUUGUAUUUUUUGCUUUUAAAAAUGUCUACAGUCAAAAUUUUACAAAUAAGUCUUUUUAUUUCUUGGACUUUCAUAUUUGUUCCUGGUGUUAAAAUUGUACCUCAUUACAAUUAAAUUUUUGACUAAAAUUAAAACCAAAGGACAAAAUGUGAGAUACAAUGGUCAGUGCUAGUGUCUAGGAAUUGGGAUUAGUCUUGUGGAAAUGACAGUUUUGAUAGGUGGUUUGAGAUAUUAAGUUUGUUGGGCAGUUGCAUCAUUGUGAGUUGAAAAUUUAACUGGACAGCAAGAAGGCAAGUUGUCACAGCUGUGCUGUUGGGUCCAAUUGACCCCCAACCAUCACCAUGAACCAACUUUAUGAAAUUUCUUGUGUUAUAAACAUUUAUUUCUUGGUGACAGAUGUUUAAAUAGGUCAAAUAGUUUUUGUCACACCGCUGUUCCCUCGUGAAAGGGUUUGAUCAUGCAAUAACUAGCUUAGAGAAUUUAAUCAAUUAGUAUUUCCUAUCUUCCUUGAUGGUUUCGCAAACUAAAAGAAAAUGGUUUUUUGGUGCUCUGGUUGGUGACAUAAAAAGUGAACAAUUCAGCUUAUGCCAGUGUUUGGAUAAUCAAAAGGCAAGUGUGUCACAGCAGGUAGCUUUGCUGUUGGGCAUCCUAGGCCCCCACACUAUGUGGCGACACAAAUAAUCAUACUGCUAAGGACUAAUCGUUUAACGCUAAAUUGUUGAUAGAUUAAUGAUAAUGUUUAACACUCAAGUGUCACAGCAAGAUAAUUAUUUGCUGUUGGGCAAAAUACAAGCCCCCCCCAUAAGUUUGGUGGCGACGCUUGGUUAGUAGAUAUUAAAAUAUGGCAUUUUAUUCAUUUUUGUUAAAUUAAUUAAAUCGAUAGCUUGUUGAGAAAUGAAAUUGAUGGCCAUUUCCUAUAUUGCAACAGAAUGCCUAGUGUGUAAAAGGGUGAAGGUUGUUUCUUGACAGGGUCCACAUUGGUGAGUACCACUUGCGGUAGGUGGUCUCAACAUUUAGUCUUUUACAUAGAAUAUCUAAACCUCAGUUUUGUGUGUUUUUAGAAAUUUAAUAAAUAAAUGCAGCAUUAAUUGAAAAGGUAAGAUAACAUAGAGUUAUCAAUACUUAUAAUUUCUGUAGUCAUUGUCUUGGUGUAAAUAAAAUGGUAAUUAACAUUUCAUUGUUACCAUGUACAAAUUUCAAAUGUUAUGCUGAUGUUUAAUUAAAGCAUUGAAUGAUGAAUAGAUUAACUGAGCAUAUGUGUAUGAAUUUGUCCAUUCAUGUUGAAGUAAUUUUUUUAAUGAAUAUAAAAUUUGAAUAAAUCCAUUUAUGUAAG